GUGGAGAGGGCCAAGAUGGCGGCUCCCAGCAGCUAUUCGUUCUCCUCAGCGCCGCGGCCGCCCUCGCCGCCGCCGCCUCUCCCUCUCCGCCUCCUCUUCCUCCUGCUCGUCUUCCUCGCGGCGGGGCCCGCGCGGGCGGGAAGGAGCCGAGUGAGGUCGCUGAGCGACGGGUCGUGGCGGGAGCUCCUGCAGGGAGAGUGGAUGGUCGAGUUUUAUGCUCCUUGGUGCCCAGCCUGUCAGAACUUACAGCCAGAAUGGGAAAGCUUUGCUGAAUGGGGGGAGGAUCUUGAAAUUAACAUCGCAAAAGUGGAUGUGACAGAGCAGCCAGGACUGAGUGGACGGUUUAUCAUAACAGCACUCCCCACCAUCUACCACUGUAAAGAUGGUGAAUUCAGACGAUACCAAGGUCCACGGACUAAAACGGAUUUCAUCAAUUUCAUCAGCGACCAGGAGUGGAAGUCCAACGAGCCCAUUUCUUCAUGGUUUGGUCCAUCUUCCUUCCUGAUGAGCAGCAUGUCUGCCUUGUUCCAGCUAUCUAUGUGGAUCAGGAACUGCCACAACUAUUUCACAGAAAACCUCGGCAUCCCAGCCUGGGGUUCCUAUGCCAUUUUUGCAUUUGCAACGUUGUUUUCAGGACUCCUUUUGGGGCUUAUAAUGGUAUUUCUGGCAGACUGUAUUUGCCCUUCCAAAAAGCACAGACCGCUGCAGCACCAUUAUCAAAGAAAGCUACCGGAGUCUACUCAGCUCUUGCAAAAAGCAGACGAAGAACUGGAGGAAGAUGAUCUUCCCGAUGCCGAGGUGGAGCACAGAGAACCACCGAACGCACUGAGGCAGCGUGCUGCAAACCCUGUUGCUCGUGCUGGAGCAGAGCAGUCGUAGCUACUAAUUCCAGCUGGCUCCCUUUCUGCAUUUCCUGAGUUACAACUUGACACUCAGUGGGGAGGGGGAGGGAGUCCUCCUUUUCCUCUCCUUCAAGAGAACAGACGUGGAACAAUUUAGGGGGCGGCGCAACCACAUUUUGAUUUAGCAAGUCUUUGAUAAAGUUUGAUAUUUGAAGCAA